AUGCGUCAAGAAGUAGCUCGAGCAAACAAAUACGCCCUGGAUGACGUCGCUCUGACCAACGAUGUGACCAAAAUGAUGCGUGAAGACGUGCUCCGCGGCCCGACCGAAGGAGUCUACAUUCAUGGUCUGUCUCUGGACGGUGCGGGCUGGGAUCGCAAACAAGCCCGACUGAUGGAACCUCCACCCAAAUUGUUGUACACUCUGUUGCCCGUGGUCCAUGUCUCCGCUUAUUCCAUGUCUGUAGGAGAGAAAGCCAAAGCGGGACUGUUUUACUCGUGUCCGGUGUACAAGAAACCGAAACGUACGGACUUGAAUUACAUUUUCCCACUGAUGCUACGCAGUGCUAGUGACCCGGAUCACUGGAUUCUACGUGGGGUUGCAUUACUUUGUGAUGUGAAGUGA